AGGCACAACCAUUGGUAAUAUCGCCUCCUUGGCAUUAUCUGGACUCCUCUGUAAUGUUAACAUUGACAAUGGCUGGCCCAUGAUUUACUAUUUCUUUGGUGGAAUGACGGCGUUGUGGUUUCUACUUUGGACAUUUUUAGUCUACGAUAACCCAAAGACGCAUCCCAGAAUAACAGAAGAGGAAAGACUCUUUAUUGAACAGUACCAUGCGAUGUCCAGUGCUGGUUUUAUGGCUGGCAAAUCUAAGUUUCCUUUCAAAUCUAUUGCCAAAUCUCGCCCUGUUUGGGCAAUCAUCAUUGCACAAAGCUGCAACUCUUGGACCAGCUAUACACUUGGAACGUCUAUGCCGCUUUACAUGGAAGAGGUGCUAAGGUUUGAUGUACAUAUAG